UCUGAGGAGAAUCUGCCUGUAACGUUAGCUAUCUAGCAGCUGACAUCAACCCUUUUAUUGAUCAAUCUGAUCUUUUUCCGUUCUACACCAGGUUCUAGACACCAAAUUGCAAAACAAUAUUUCUGCAUGAAUUGAGGAAAGAUGUUUUACUAUCCAAACGUUCUUCAGCGGCACACCGGUUGCUUUUCCACUAUUUGGUUGGCAGCCACCAAAGGGAUCAGGAUAACACGCAGAGAGCUUCUGAGGGUCAACGUUGGGCGGACAUGUGAGGACAUCAUGGAUUACGUGACGGUCCAGGUGGCUCCACUCUGCCCUGGUCUCCCUCGGCCUCGCUUCUCCCUCUACCUGUCCUCCCAGCUGCAGUAUGGGGUGGUUAUCGUCUACCACCGCCAGUGUGGUUUCCUUCUGGAGGAGAUCCAGCAGACCAUUGAGCGCCUGGUACGCUCUGAGAGACACGCACGCAUCGACCUGGCUGAGCCUGACAGACAAGCCCCAAAUGUCCCAGACUCCCUGUUCCUGCUGGAGGAGGCCGAGGGGGCACAGGACCCCUUCUUUGGGGUGAUGGGCUUUGAGCACCUGCUGCCUAGUCCCUAUAGGAUCCCUCAGGUAUACAACCAUUUCUACACAAUUUUUACCUAGUUAACUCAUUUCCAACGGUAUGUCACUACAAAAAUGUGUUUCAAAUCCCCUCCUGAUGCCAUUACCCUGAAAGAGAAGGAGCAGCUUGUCAUCGUUGCUGCUGAGUUUGAAGGAGCUGAGCUUCCUGAAGCCACUGGCAAAGAGAUUGACAUGCUUCUGGAGCAGCAGGACCAAUUCUAUGACGAGCUAGAAGAGAGGGAAAGGGAGAGAGAGGGAGAGAGAACCAGGGACAUGGAGCCAGGCAUGACCUCCAUUGACCAGCUGAAGGUGUCGGUGGUGGUGGGGGACAGUGUGUGGCUGCUGGACGAGGAGACCGGCCUGCCCAUGGAGGUGCCGUUAGAGGUCAUUCCCAUGGAGAUGACCCCCCCUCAGGUGGCCAUGCCCUCUGCCCCAGACACCUCCGAGAGAGAGGGGGAGUCAGCGAGUCAGUCAGAGAGGGGGACGGAGAAAGCGGCAGAAAGCUCCUGUGGCGAGCUCCCCCAUAUAGACGCUCCUCCUCCUAAGAGGCGGGGUCGCAGGCGCCAACUCAUCUUUGCCGACCCUCAGGUGCAGAUCUCCCAAGAUACCAUGCGGGUGCAGAUCGAGGACACCAAGGCUGAGACUCAGCUCCUGUCUCAGGUGCUGAUAAACUUUCCUGCCCAGAAGAAGCUCCUCCCAGCAGAGCUCUACACUACCCCUUCUGGCUCUCUCCUGCACCCUGACCUCCUGUUGCUAUGGAAACAGUGCGCCGUCCUCACUACGCUUCCUCGCACCGGGGAGAGAGGCAGAGGGGAGGAGACUGAGGAGGAGGGCAGCUCCGAGAUGGAGAGAGUGAGGAUAGAGGUGGAGAGGAAGAGGAUGGACUCUAGCAUGCGAGAGAUCCCACGAGAGUUGCUGAAAUCAGGAGGAACAGCCCCAUCUGAAGCAUCAGCCGAGGCUCUUCUAGACGUGUCCAGAGAGGACAAAUCCCUCGAGCAGAUCACCCCUGUCAGCAGAUGGUCUCCUAUGGAAGAAGCCCCAGUGCCUAUGGAGGCUAUAGAAGAGGAACAUGUGGCUCUACCAGACAGAGAAGAGGAGACAGAAGGUAGAGAAGUCACUGCAGAGGGCCUGUUGAGUGUGGUGUCCUCGUACCUCCUGAGGUUUGGGAAAGUCACCUUUUACUCUCUGUUGCCCCUGGAGGUAGACCGUACUACUGCAGCCCACAUUCUCUCCAAACUGCUAGAGCUGGUGUCUGCUGGGGACCUUGCUGUAUGUCAGGCUGAACCCUACAGCCCCAUCACCAUCAUCCCUGGACCACUCAGCACCGUGCAGGCCUGAGGAACCCAGAGGAUGUCUCCACCAGCGUUCGACUUGGACAGGAUUUCACCGCAGCUGAGUACCGGCACCUCAAAUGUUCUACUGCUUGAGCUCCUGUUCCUCUUAUGGAAUAUUAGCUUAAAAGUAGUGGAGCUCCUGCACCUAAUUAUAAACAGUACCCAGCACCCAAAAUGAGUACCGGCACCUAUUUCAGUCCAAGUUAAGCAGUGGUCUCCACACGCACGGGAUGUGUGCGGCCAUACUUUUAUAACAGAGUAAUAAUGUUCAUGUCCCAAAUAUUGUUCAUACGA